AGUGUGGAAAAGUUUUAAGUUCUAAAAAAUUUAAGGACCAUAGAAUCGGGAGGAUUGAACCCGACGUGAAUCGAACACGCAACCUUCUGAUCUGGAGUCAGACGCGCUACCAUUGCGCCACGGAUCCUUGGUGCUCUAUAAAGCGUCUCCUAGUUAAAUCUCCGCCAUAUUUAAUUUGAAUUUCCGACGAGAUAAAUUAGGGUUUAUUGUUUGCGUCUCCUUCUCCCGGCGGCAUUAGUCUGAAUUAAAUCGGCAGGUGCUUUCUGGUUGGAAGCGCAUUGAGGUGAGGCUCCUCCUAGCUAAAGGAAGAGUUAUAAGAUGGAGGAACUCGGCGAAAUUUUAAAGAACAACAGGACGAAAGAUAUCUCUUGGCUUUGCUCUCUCUCAGAACCUGAGCUGGAUUUGCUCAUCAGCUUAAAGAAGCUAGCCAUUCAUCGAGCUGAAACAACUUAUCACGACGAACUAGCUGAUCAUUUUGAUCUCAAGCUGCUCCGAGCUCUCGGGCUUGUGCUGAUGGAAUAUGUAAGAAAAACGGAUACUUGCCUUGUCCCAAGUGCUGGUCAUCAACUGCAGGGUUUGGAUCAAUGCAAUCUGUUGAAAACUCAUGUCGAUGAUACAGCAAUAGACAUAGAGGAGAUUGUGAGUGGAAUCUGCAACAUGAAAAAGAAAAAGAAGAAGAAGAGAAAACCCAUCAGAUUAAAAAAUAAAUCUCGCAAAAGGAGGCGUUACAAGUAGGCUGCUGUUCUUUGGUGGCGGGGAGGGAGGGUAGACUCUUGUUCAGUAUAAUGGAACAUAUGAAGGAAAACAAUGAGGGAUGUUUAUCAGGCAGCGGGAGCACAAAAGAUGAAGAAAUGCAGUAAGCAUGGUCGUGGACAUGGUGGACGCAGGCAGGGGUGGCUUCGUUGAGCUUACCUUCCUUGAAUAGUUGAUAUAUAGGCAGCAUAGUUAGGUUCUUUGGCCAAGCAAGAAGCUCAGUUUGUGCUGUCUGGUGGUAAAAUUAGGAAACUUGUAUUCUUCAUAAUGGUUUUGUUUGUUAAUUUUAUAUCAAAGAUGUCUUAGUAUGAAGACGGACCCAAGUGUAUCUUCAUCAUCGCUUUGUAUUCAUCA